CGAUCAAGACGUGUUGGAACGAAUCAAGCAUAUUGCUGGCGGACAUUUCACGAGGGAUUGUGGGUGUUACACGGAAGUUGAUCCCAGGGUCCGUGAACUUUGGUGGAAACUUUCAAGGGCCAACAUCGAUGGAAUGAAUCUCAAGGAGCUGCUAUUCUGAAAGCAUGUAAUACACGAGUCUCUAUAUGGAUGAGACCCACUUUUAAGAUUGCCCGAAAGACCGUGAAGAAGCCCGGAUUCAUUUGCGAUGAAGUUUGGAACAACCUUGUUCGUCAUUGGUCUUCUGAUCUGAUUUUUUUGCAAAGAAGCGUAGCCGGUACGCAAAACCGGAAUUGCGACAAGGCAAAAGAGACACAAUGGUGCGGGGGGCGCAAACCCCAGAAUAAGCAUAGACAAGAUCUGGCGGGACCCGAGAAAAAGAAGGUCUCGAUGUGGAAGCUGAUCAAACAUUGUUGGACGAAGGGAGAUGAGUCGGAUGCCGAACUGCCACCUCGCAUCGCCGAACUUGAAACGAAGUAUCAGGCACAGGUGGAGAAGAAACGUGCUGAGCUGGGCCCGACUGACUCGGAUCUUGAACUCGAUGAAAGUUAGGGAGACGAGGCGAUCCUGGAGGCUGUCGGGGUUUAUAAGGGCCGAGUUCCGUGCAUGGGUGCUGAAGGAGUGCGGAUUUUGCGCAACUCCAGAGGAGGAGCUAGCUCAUCAUCUUCUCGAUCGGGGGUUGAGGAUGAACGUAUUGCCCAACUGGAGCAAGAAUUGAAGGAGCGACGGGCAGAGGACCGAAGAACAAGAGACAUGCUUGAAGCAAUGGAACGCCAAAUGCAGUGAUUCAACGCCACACAUCGGCCUAAAAUGUAUACAGUGCACCCUGAGACGACUCCUCAGAUUCCGCACAUGGGAAAUAUAUAUCGGUUAUCAUUCUAACCCUCGAUACAACAUGUCUCCAAUGGGGUCUUUUCCAUUCAAAAUUUACAACGAAUUUCAGACACCCGGAGGAGGAAGCAGCCGAGGAGGAGGCAACCGAGGAGGAGGUAGCCGAGGAGGCAGCCGAGGAGGUCGACGACCCGAAGAGCACGAAG